AUGGAGAAUCCGUUAAGACAGAGACAUAAAAAUGUAGCGAGAAUGCACAGUUGCCAACUAGACUCAUCAAGCUUCUUGAAUAUUUCUGAUAUAAAUCCAAAAGAAUUAUUGAAAAAAUCAAAAAAUGAUAUAAGUUUGUAUAAAAGUUAUAAUUCUUCACAAAGAGAUGAAUUCAAAACUACACAAAUCCCGAGUACAAUUAGAUUUGGGCCCAACAAACUGUCAAUGAGAUCACGAAGUCAUUCAACGAAAAGAAGCACAAAAUCUGAUUUAGUUAACUCAAUAAGUGUGAAAAAAGAAAAUUUGCCUUCUAUUAGUAAAAUUAAUAACAACUCAAGACUGCAUCCUGCUUUUGGGACUGGAAGGCUAAGCUUAAACAACAAAAAUAAUCAAAAUUCAAGAUUUGCAGCUCAAUAUUCUGAUAAAAAAUGGGAGCCGAUAGAGCUUGAUUCCAGCAUUUUUAAACCGAAAAGGUUUGCUUUGUUAGAUAUGAAAAAUGUUUUUAAUUCUUUGCCAAAUGGAAUUGAAAAAGUGAUGGUUCAUGAAAAAAUAAAACGAACUCAAUCUGAAAUUGAGGAUAGUUCUGUUAUAAAAUUAAAACCUCUCCCAAAUGAGUAUCAUUCUGAAAAUUAUUCUUUUGAAAGCAGAGCCUUUUUGCCUACAUUUGAAGGUAGUCCUGGAGAAAGUGAGAGUCCUUCGCCUACAUACCAGCCAAGAUACAUUGGUGAAUAG